AUGAAGUCUGGUCGUGUAUUUUUACGUCUAGCAAGUCGCAAGAGGGUUCUAAGUUUAUCAAAGAAAUCAUCUGCCCUCACUUCCAGCGAAUUCGUCACUGAACCUAACUUAUCGCCUUACAACUUUCAACAAAAAAGAUUUUUAGCGACCCCCGCGAGUAAGGAGAACCCAACAACCGUGAAACUAUCAACUUUCAAUCAUCCGGUAGUACUUGGAAAAAGUAACGUAAUGUCUUCCGUAUUCGGUGAAACUCCAAUAUGUACAACACCGCUUCACAAGAAAAUCCUCACGAAGAUACUCGACCAUGCAGCAGCGUUUCCAAGUCGUCCGGCGCUGAUAAUGGCUGAAAAACCGUCCGAGCGCGUCACAUACGUGGAGCUUCACCGUCAAACCUACGGAUUAUCAAGCUUCCUGGCGCUAAGAGGAUUCGAGCAUAUGGAUGUAUGUUGUACUGUGCUUCCAAAUUGUUUGGAAUCUGUUCCCGCGUAUUUAGCAGCGAUGAUGAUAGGAGGUGUUAGUAUGGCUGCAGAUCAAGAUUGUACUGCAGAACAACUAGUGAAUGCCUUCAACAGCAGCCAAUGCAAGGCCGUUAUCACAAAUUCCACGCUUCUACCGAAUGUACUCGCUGCUUCUGAGUGCUGUCCUUCAAUCAAAGUGAUUGUUUGUGUGACGUCAUCCGCUAGUGAAACGCUUCCAGAAGGAGUUGUACGAUGGACAGAAGCUAUAGAAUCACCUACCGUCAUUUGUGACAACCACAUUUAUGAUUUCAACGAUCCUGCUUUCAUACAGCAUCAUAGUGGAUUACCUGAAGAGCAAAAUGGUAUUGUAAUGUCGCAUAAAAGUAUAUCCACAAUGCUAGAUAUUAAUACAGAGUAUUUCAAUAAAUACGUCUAUAAGAGAAUGUUUUAUGAUAACAAGGAAGGGAGAUUUGAACCCCGCGACGAAUAUGCGAUCCUAUCCAUGCCGUUCCAUCAUAUCUUCGGAUUCGCACAACUGAGCAGGGCUUUGAUCGAAGGAUCAUCUGGACUAAUUAUGACGAAUUUAGACCCUGCUAGUUAUUUACAAACAAUACAGGACUAUAAACCGAAGAUCAUGGCAAUAUUACCUGAAUUCGCCGAAUUUCUUCUACAUGAUCAGAUGACCGAUGAAUAUGACUUAAAUUCACUGGAAGUGGUGUUGAUAGGUGGUGCACCGUUCGAUCGAAAAUUUCUGGACGAGUUCUUAGCGAAAUUUAGGCAUGUGCGAUUUAUGGUGCCUUUUUAUGGAUGGCCUGAAUGCGGCGUUGGAUUUAUGUCACCGAUGAAGCGUCGACAAGGAGCAGCUACGAUUUUGCCGUCAUUCCAACAAAAGAUUGUGUCUCCAGAAACUGGCGACACUCUCCCGUUUAACGCAAGAGGAGAGAUUUGCUUGCGUAGUCCUACGCUAAUGAACGGAUAUAUGAACAAUCCAGAAGCUACUGCUAAAGCGAUAGACGCUGACGGAUGGUUUCACACAGGCGAUAUCGGAAUGUUGGAACGGAACGGUGAGACGUUGAUUUUGGACCGUACUAAGUUCCCUUCCUCUCAGGAGGAAGAAUUUACGGAAAUCCUCACGGCAAGGCAAGGAGGACGAUUGGGAUGA